AGCACUGCAAACCAUGCUGCAAUCCAGGGCAUUGGUGUUAGCUCUGAUUCUGCUCCUCGGCACCACUCUCCCUGAAGUGCAGUCAAAGUCCAUCUUUGAGAAAGACCGUCGUGACUGGCUGGUCAUCCCCGAUGCAAUUGCAGCUUACAUCUAUGAAGCAGUGAACAAGAUAUCUCCUAAAGCUGCCCAGUUCUUGGCAGAUGCUGCCCAGGCUCAACCAGUUGUUGUGACCAGGACCUUUCUCAUCAGAGAAACAACUAAACUCAGCAUACUGGCUGAACAGCUGGUGGAAAAAAUAAAGAACCUGUGGAACACAAAAGUCCGAGGCUACUAGCCAUAUGAAGACAAGUCAGCGUUUCCUGAUGUGAGUUGGUAAGACCCUGCAGUGUCCUUUUUCCUCCUGCUCCCUACUACGGACCAAGAUCAGUCAAUAAGACAGAAUCGAUGCUCCUCUUAAUGCCACUAGAGGGAACCCAGCUUCAAAGACCAAAGGAUGGAAGGCAUCUGCUGAAGUCUCCCCUGAAAAAUACCCCGCGGCUGGGCAUGGGGAAGCGAUUGCAAUUGUAGAGUUCUUCUGUAGCCAAAUCCUGAAAAUUAAUUCCUCCUGAAUGGCUUGGCCAUUGUCCCUCUAAUAAAAACAACAACAU